UACUGGCGACUGGCGUGCCGCACUCGCCACCCCUCGAUCCCAAAAUGCCACGGCUCGCAGCAAUCUUGGUCGUCCUGCCCCUGCUGCUGCUUUCCCUUUCCGCGGUCGUCGGCACCGCCGCAUCGCUCCCCCGUGGCGGGUUCGGCUUCGAGGCCACGCUGCGGCACGUCGACGCGGACGCCGGGUACACGAAUGCGCAGCUGCUCGCCCGCGCCGUCGCCCGCAGCCGCGCCCGCGCGGCCACGCUGCAGUCGCUGGCGACGCUGGCGCCCGGGGACGCCAUCACCGCGGCGCGCAUCCUGGUGCGCGCCAGCGACGGCGAGUACCUGAUGGACAUGGGCAUCGGCACGCCGCCGCGGUACUACUCGGCGAUCCUUGACACCGGCAGCGACCUCAUCUGGACGCAGUGCGCGCCGUGCCUGCUCUGCGUCGACCAGCCCACGCCCUACUUCGACCCGGCGCAGUCGGCCACGUACCGGGCACUCGGCUGCGCGUCCCCGAUCUGCAACGCCCUCUACUACCCGCUCUGCUUCCAGAACGUCUGCGUCUACCAGUACUUCUACGGCGACAGCGCCAGCACCGCCGGCGUCCUCGCCAACGAGACGUUCACGUUCGGCACCAACACCACCCGGGUCGCCGUGCCCAGCAUCUCCUUCGGGUGCGGGAACCUCAACGCCGGCUCGCUAGCCAACGGCUCCGGCAUGGUCGGGUUCGGCCGGGGGUCACUGUCGCUGGUCAGCCAGCUCGGAUCCCCCAGGUUCUCCUACUGCCUCACCUCCUUCCUGUCGCCGGUGCCCAGCCGGCUCUACUUCGGCGUCUACGCCACGCUCAACAGCACCAACGCCAGCACCAGCGGGCCCGUGCGGUCCACGCCGUUCGUCGUCAACCCGGCGCUCCCGACGAUGUACUUCCUGAACAUGACCGGCAUCAGCGUCGGCGGCUACCGGCUGCCCAUCGACCCGGCGGUGUUCGCCAUCAACGACGAGGACGGCACGGGCGGGACCAUCAUCGACUCCGGCACGACGAUCACGUAUCUCGCCGAGCCGGCGUACGACGCCGUCCGCGCGGCGUUCGUGUCGCAGAUCAGGCUGCCGCUGCUGAACGUGACGGAGGAGUCGGUGCUGGACACGUGCUUCAAGUGGCCGCCGCCACCGCGCCAGUCGCUGACGCUGCCGGAAGUGGUGCUGCACUUCGACGGGGCGGACAUGGAGCUCCCCCUGCAGAACUACAUGCUGGUGGAACCCGUCUCGGGGGGACUGUGCCUGGCGAUGGCAACGUCCGACGACGGCACCAUCAUCGGUAGCUUCCAGCACCAGAACUUCCACGUGCUCUACGACCUCGAGAACAGCCUCCUGUCCUUCGUCCCGAAGCCGUGCAAUCUAAUCUAGCUGUAGCUCUGGUUUUCAUGCGUCUCUAUUUCGAUCCCAUUUGGCCAUUUCUAGUUAUUAUGCAUAGAUGCGCCUUAGGUUUGGUAUGGUGCUCGGAAGGGAUUCUGAUUUCUGACUGUAGGCCGGUGAUCUGGUGGAGAUUAUGGUUGUCUUCUCAACAACAUCUGAGGAUUUAAUAAGCAACUCAUCUGUUUUUAGAGG